UUGUUCGCGCGCGUUACUCUUACGGUUGCUAGGCUACUCUGAUAGAGCUGUUACUGACUGAAGAAUUGUCGUAGGGAAAAGAGCAUGUCUGCGUCUGAUAUUGAAGAAAUUCUGAAGAGAAUCGGUGGCUAUAAAGGUGUUAUCGGCACUAUUAUCGUCAACAGUGAAGGAAUUCCCAUCCGUACGACGUUAGACAACUCGACCACAGUCCAGUACGCUAGUUUGUUGCAUCUUUUGACCGCCAAGGCGAGACACACUGUGAGAGACAUCGACCCUCAAAAUGACCUGACGUUCCUCAGGGUGCGGUCCAAGAAGCAUGAAAUCAUGGUUGCUCCAGACAAGGAGUAUUUCCUGGUCGUCAUUCAGAAUCCGAACGAUUCCUGAACCGCAGACAUUACCUUUACCUGUAUUGAGUUGUUAUCGUUACUUAGCUGAUACUCGCUAACGUCUCUAGAGUAGAUGAUAGCUAUCUCAAGAUCUUAAUGACCACAUUGUGAUUAUACAAAAUAUAAGUGACAGAGAAAA